GAAAAUCUUCGUCCCGGCAAAGUGAGGAAAAAUCUGCACGCCUCUGCUCCGCGUCCUCUCGUCUCGUGUGAACUGCGGAGCAGGUAGUGGGGAACCAUAAGACCCCUGCGCGCUUAGGGCGGCGGCGGCAAUGGCGCCCACGGCCUGCCUCCGGCUCCCCUUCCUCCCCGCCCGAGCCCGCUCCGCCACCGCCACCGCCACCCCGUUCUCGCCCCCUCGCCGCCUUUCUCUCAAAUGCAGCGCCACCAACGGUGACAACUCCAACCCCAAUUACAUCUCCAUCUCUCCCGGCGUCGAGUCUGUGGACGUCAACGGGUUGCGUCGGCCGCCCGCGCCUGUCUCCACCCCCACCGUCCCCGGCGCCCGCGAUCCCAAUUGGCUGCCUCGGCCACUCACUAGCGCGGACGCCAUGGAGGCGGACGGGAAGGGGCUCAAGGUUGCUUACCAGGGUUGCGCUGGGGCAUACAGCGAAGCGGCAGCAAAGAAGGCGUACCCGAACUGUGAGACUGUGCCCUGUGAGCACUUUGACACUGCAUUUCAGGCUGUUCAAAACUGGGUAGCUGAUAGGGCAGUACUGCCACUUGAGAAUUCAUUGGGAGGUAGCAUACAUCGGAACUAUGAUCUUUUGCUUCGGCAUAGUUUGCACAUUGUUGGAGAAGUUCGCCUCGCAGUUCGCCAUUGCUUGUUAGCCAAUCCUGGCGUGAAGAUUGAAAACCUUAAAAGUGCUAUGAGUCAUCCCCAGGCUCUUGCACAAUGUGAGCACACAUUAACAGGACUAGGAAUUGAGCAUAGAGAGGCCGUUGAUGACACUGCUGGUGCAGCAAAGAUUGUUGCAGAACAUAUGCUCCAGGACACUGGUGCUAUUGCUAGUUCAUUGGCUGCUAAACUCUAUGGAUUGGAUGUUCUUGCUGAGAAUAUUCAGGAUGACAAAGAUAAUGUCACCCGUUUUAUGUUGCUAGCUCGAGAACCCAUCAUACCUCGCACUGAUAAACCAUUUAAGACAAGCAUAGUCUUUUCACUAGAAGAAGGACCUGGACAGCUCUUUAAGGCGCUUGCUGUAUUCGCACUGAGGGAAAUCAACCUCACAAAGAUCGAAAGUCGUCCACACAAGGAAAGGCCUCUUCGAGACUGUUCCUCACUCUUAAAGAACUUUGAUUACCUCUUUUACGUUGACCUUGAAGCAUCAAUGGCUGAUCCAAAGACUCAGAAUGCUCUUGGAAAUCUGAAGGAGUUUGCAACCUUUUUAAGAGUCCUCGGAAGCUAUCCUGUAGAUGUGAAUGAACCUUAGAUAGAAAGUACUGCAGACUACAUGCUGGAUUAGCAGGAAUGGGUGAAAUGGUUAGAGUUGGUUUUCUGAGCAGGUUGAAAAGUGAAGAACUCUAUUAAACUGAUGCUAACUUUUACAGAGCAAAAGGAUCUACAUUAUAGCAGUAGAGAAGGGUGGAUUUGAGGCUUACAUUGGUUGUGAUCUUGGAAGAAAAUUUGAUGUUUAGCUGGUGAUGUUCUUCUGACUUCUGAAGCAACAAGGAUACUUGAAACAGCAAUCUUCUUCAAUGUCCUAUCAUAUGGGAGCUUGAAAAGCACUUUUAAACAUGGAGACCAAGGGGUUGAAUAUUUGGAAAUACUUCAAUAAGGUUUUAUUUUUUUAUGAUAAUAAGUUUUAUAUGUUUUCAUGUUGGAGUGUCUGUCAUGGUAGCAUGCAGGUUGUUAAAAUGCAGUUACAUUGGAAUAAUGGGACAGUGUCUAAGAGCACUUGUCUUUUUUUUUUUUUUUUGAGGAUUGUAUAAUAAGAACUGAUGUUUUCAUGUUCAUUCGGACGUUCCUCAAAAGUUUUAUUUGCUGUCAUGCUGGUGGUGGUCACCUGGACCUGGCCAAACCUCGCCAAACUUUCCUUCUGUAGAAGAAAAUAAUUUGGUGCUCCAUAUAUUAUUCUAUUGAUGAGACGGAA